GCAUUAUAAAGUAGUGAUAAGUUAUCGCUACUAAGCUCAGUCGGUGUUUGCCCGAGCCCCGCGGCGCGCGCGUCAGUCCGAGUGGGAACAAUCAUGCGCGGCGCCCCUCAUCACCAUGAGACCUCUAGCCAAACUAUUCUUUCUAACUUCCUUCCUCUUCAUAACACUGUUCCUAUACAUGUCUGUAAGAGACUUAAAAAACACGCAAUUACUAUUUGAAACGAAAAACAUCUUCAAUAUAGAAAAGAACUUAACAAGAUUAAAUUUUGUUGAAAAACUAAUAAAAAGUGACAAAAGUGAUAAAAAAAUCAAGUACAUUUUACAGUGGACUAAUCCGAAAAAUGUGCCUUUUGUGUAUAUGCUCGAGGGUAACAAAGUAUUCGUAGAGCGAAAGUGUGAAUAUACCAAUUGUUAUGUCACUAGUAACAAAAGUCUACUAGGGGACGUUAGUAAGUUCGAUGUCAUUGCGUUUUCGGGAACUGAAGUCGUUUACUGGCCUAUUGAAAACUUAAUACCUCCCAAGCGAUCUCCGCACCAGAAGUAUGCUUUUACUAACAUAGAGUCAGCUGAUAAUUACCCAUUCUGCUCCAACAAGUUGGAUAACUUCUUUAACUGGACAUGGACAUUUAGAUUAGACUCUGAAACUAAAUGGGGCUACAUAAUUGUCAGAGAUGCAAACAACAAUGUCAUUGGCCCUAAGAAAGAAAUGCAUUGGAUGAAGUUGCAAGACAUGGAUCCCGUGAGUGAAAAGCUAAGUGCACAGUUUAGGAAAAAAUCCAAAGCAGCAGCGUGGUUCGUGUCCAAUUGCUGGACAAGAAGUCGCCGGGAGAACUUCGCGAGUGACCUGCAAAAAGCCUUAAAGCCUUACGACUUAGAAGUAGAUAUUUACGGAACAUGUGGCCCGUACAAAUGCGGGCGCGACGACGAAGAAGCAUGUUUUCAGAUAAUAAAGCGUGACUAUUAUUUUUACCUGUCGUUUGAGAACUCAUUCAGUGAAGACUACGUGACUGAAAAACUUCUGUCUGCGUUGAAAUACAAUGCGAUACCUAUUGUUUAUGGAGGAGCCAAUUAUACUAGAUUUAUGCCAGACGGAAUAUACCUGAAUGCCAGAGAACUAGGUGCGGAAAAAUUAGCAAAGAAAAUGAAAUACCUUAUAGACCAUCCCGAUGAGUACAAGGAGUAUUUCCGAUGGAAAAACCAUUAUUCUUAUAGCAGAAGAAACGACUACGCAGAAACUGACGACUAUUGUGGUUUCUGUACGCUUCUUAAUAACGAAGAGAUGGUGAAAAAGAAGUCAGUAUACAAAAACUUCAAAGAGUGGUGGAAUGACCCACACCGUUGUUAAGAGGAAAGGGGCCGGCCAGUUCUCCAUACAAACGUAGCCCUCAUUUUUCUCUCAGGAUAUUAACAUUACAGGAAAUCUUUUAAUACAAUUUGAUGCAUGUAAUAUUACCUAACUAUAAGCUUUGCCCCUUAGUUAAUUUGCGCUCCUAAUUAUUAGAAUAAUCAAAAAAUUUAAAGGUCAAACGAUAGCUAAUGGUUGUUCUAGUGUGUAUUAGUUAUAUAUCGUACAACAUUUUAUAGUAUAUAUGGCAAUUAAAUUAACAACACAUUACGUAAUGUGCUUAUUAUAGUACCUGGUAUUGUAAUGUAGCACCAGAUAUACCGUGAAAAUAUUUCAUUGUGUCAAUAUCCAGGGAGUAAAAUAGCCGUCCAUUAUCCUCUUAAUGAUAUUUUUAUCUGGUAAGUGUAAAUAGGUGGAUCAAUUAUUUCUUGUUGUUAUUUUGCCCGCCAACUAGGAGAUAAUAGUAAUUAAUAAUUAUACAUAUAGUUUAUCUUGAGUAAAGCCCCUCUAGCUCUAAUUGGGUACACUAUAUUCAAUAAUAUUUAUUAAUAAGUAUAAAUGAUUAAGGAACAUGAACAGGAAUAUAAAAUUAAAACUAACUACAAUUAAAAUAGCUAAAACUAAAAAUUUAAAAAACCUAUCAAAAUUUGGUGCCCUCGGGAGGGUGCCCAACACACAGGCAGCGUUCCCGCGCUAGAUUGCGAUUGCAAUUCUCUGCGCGAUAAAGCUGCCCGCGCGGGGUCGCCCGUUGCCUCACUAUAUUUAUAUAUAGGAGUAAUUACUUAACUUAUCUUUAAUAAAAAUAGAAAAGUAAGCCCGUCGUGACCGCUACUCACUCAUGCACUGUUAGUGCUUGAAAAUGGAGACCCAGGCUCUCUGAAACAUGUCGCGCGAGUGGCUAGAAACACGUGAGAGAAACCGUUUAGAAAAGUAGAGUUUUUAGCAUGUUUUUAGAUCUAUUUAUUUGGUUAAGUAUUCAAUUGAAUAUCAAGAGGCAAGCAUAACUGCUGACAAAAGGUACUUUUUAUACAAUUUCCAUUUCGGGAGAAAACGGUUUCCACAAACUAAAUCUUAACAUAUCACUUUGAUUUGGAUGUCGAUCGUUUCAGCAUAAUAUAUUCAAGGUUUAUAAGUUUCGGUUUUAAAAUAUAUUUUUUUGUAUUGCAAAUUUUGAAAAACGGAAAACCUAGUUUUUUAUUGUGUCAAUAACAUACUAAAAAAUCAUGGAGAAUGGAAAAUAUAUAGAAGUGGAAAAACGUUUUCUCGUUUUGUAUGGACUUCCCUCUUAACGAAAAUAGCGCAGAGAAUUUCAGAAUGUCAUGACUUGACAUUGACAACUAGGGAUUUACGUACAGAAUGUCAUGACUUGACAUUGACUACUAGGUAUUUACUUAUUUAUCUUAUCAAUGCAAUAACUUAUAAGAGGAAAACUAAUUAAACAUUAGCUAAGUAAAUAAAUACCGAUUUACCGCGCAUCAGAUAACAAAUCGCUGGCCCAAUAUUACAGGGUUCUAUGUUACAUUUACAAGAUAGUAAAAUUCGACUUAAUGUCACUAUGACAAUGUUCAGUUCGAUAGAAAUGAAACAUAGAACCCUAUAUUGGUCCAGCGAAAUAACUCGUGUAAGGGGGGCUUCAAUAAGCUUUGGAGUAAUGAUGCAAUUUGUUACGCAGAAAUGUUGUAACUGUACAGUCAACUGUAAAACUGUGGGUGCAAACAACUUAUUCAAAAAUAUAUCCCAUAGUUUGCUGACAUAAGAGGGGACAUAUUUUUGAGUAAAAUGAGUGCUUGAGUGCACCCGUAUUUUUACACUUGACUGUACAUAAUUAAGCAUUAAUACACUUCCUGUAAUCCUUUUAUGAAACGAACGAAGUGAGUAAACUCACACUCGUAUUUUAAUGCGUUUAAUUAUGUAGCAGUUACAUAAACUACUAAGUAUAGUGAAUUUAAAUAUGUACUAUAAAAGGGUUAUGAAGUGAUUUAGGUAAUGUAACCAUGGCAACGAGUGACAAGAGAAAAUUGAUCCACCCAAAAGAUUAAUCUUUUUUUAAAUUCUAUACCUAGGUUUCUGAUAUUGUUUAAUGGGUCAUUCUACUCUCAUUCCCCUGGCUAUAAUUAUUCGCAAAUUCCCAAGUCAUUUCGAUGUUUUGGAGCCGUUGUAGAUGGAGCUUGGCGUGAGUUACACAGUCACCAAAAAUAAGAUGCCAAUAAAGCGAAAUUUAAUAGGUAAUUUGCGAAUAGGUAAUGCCAGGGGAAUGAGAUAUUUGUAGAAUGACCGUAAUGCAUUUCUACUGAGACCAAAUAUUAAUUUUAAAAUUACUUCAUACUGAAUGUUAUAUUAUAAUAUACUUAUCAACAUGAAAUGUUGUCAGCUUACAUACCAAUGUGAUUUAGACUGAAAAGGCUGUGAUUAAUUUAGCAUUUAGGCAAUGAAGUACAUAAAUAUAAAGCGAGAAACUUAACAGUUUUUUCA